AUCCUCUCGGAUUUCAUCAGAAAAAGUUAUGAACUUUCGCUCUCAAUCGAAUUCAGUUUUACAUACAAGAAUCGCAUCAUCGUCGACGUUGUUCCUUCUUCUGCUAUCUCCUCGUCGCCCCAAGAUCAGAGGAAAGAAAACCAUCUUUUAUGGAUUGCAAGAAGCCAAUCGUUGAGAAUCCACAACCAGUAGUUGAAGAAUCCAUCCAUUCGAACAAAGAUCCUAACAAGCAGCCGAUGGCUGAGGUGAGCGAGAAUGUGGAGCCUGCAAACAAGAAGCAGCAAACCAAGAAGAAAACAGAGAAGAAGGUAACGGAGCCGAAGAAGAAGGUAGUACCAAAGCAGGUGAGACUAAUGCAGGAGGCAUUGGCGAAGCUGAAGGAAGAGGAAGAGAGGCAGAGAAAGGAAGAGGAGGAGAGACUGAGGAGAGAAGAAGAGGAGAGGUUGAGGCAGGAACAACUUGAGAGGGAAGCAGAGGAGGCCAGGAUUAGGCGAAGGGAAAAGAAAAAGGAGAUCAUAGAGCAGAAGAGAAGGGAAGGCCUUCCUGUAACUCGCAAGCAGAAACAACAAGCCGAAAAGUUGAAGAUGUUUCUUGAACAAAUCAAGAGGCAAAAUCAAGUGGAAGAACCUCCUCAACCUGAAGUGGCUCAUGAGUCUGUGGAAGAGAACAGAAUCGAUGAUGACAAAGGCGAACCUGAAGUUGUUCAUGAGUCUGAGAAAGAAAACUUUCUGCGUUCCCCGAUUUGCUGCAUUAUGGGGCAUGUUGAUGCUGGUAAGACCAAGUUGCUGGAUUGUAUCCGAGGCACGAACGUUCAGAAAGGUGAGGCUGGAGGUAUUACUCAGAAGAUUGGUGCGACUUAUCUUCCUGCGGAGAACAUACAAGAGAGAAUCAAGGAGCUGCAAGGUGCUGAUGAUAAGAAGCACAUGAAGGUACCAGGUUUGUUGCUUAUUGACACCCCAGGGCAUGAAGAAUUCUCUAAUUUAAGGUCUCGAGGUUCUAGUUUGUGUGACAUUGUUGUUUUGGUUGUUGACAUGAUGGAUGGCUUAAAGCCUCAGACUAUAGAGUCACUCAAACUUUUGGAGUCGAGGAAAACAAAGUUUAUUGUUGCAUUGAAUAAGGUGGACAGGCUCUGCGGGUGGAAGCCUUGCCCAAAUGCACCAAUUGUCAAGGCAAUGAAGCAGCAAUCUCAGGAUGUGAAAUAUCAGUUCAAUAAGAAAGUCGAGGAGAUUGUCACUCAGUUCAUGACGCAGGGGAUCAAUACUAAAGUGAAUUUGGAUGAGAACAAAAGAAUGAGGGAAACACACAGCAUUGUACCUAUAAGUUCCAAGAGUGGUGAAGGCAUUCCCGAUUUGUUGUCACUGAUGGUAUAUUGGACUCAGAAAUCCAUGGCUGAGAAGCUUACUUACAGCAAUGAAGUGCAGUGUACAGUGUUGGAGGUCAAUUAUGUGGAAGGUCUUGGGACAACAAUUGAUGUUAUAUUAGUUAAUGGGGUGCUUCACCGUGGAGAUCAAAUAGUCGUCUGUACCAGCCAUCGUACUCCUAUUGUUACUAGGAUUCAGUCUUUAUUGACCCCAGAGCCGAUGAAAGAGCUUUGCGUGAAGGGUAAGUAUCAGCAUCAUAGUGAAGUCAGAGCUGCACAGGCUAUCAAGAUCACAUCACCACAUGGAUUUAAACAUGCUAUAGCUGGCACUGCUCUCUAUGUCGUAGGGCCUGACGAUGACUUGGAAGAGAUCAAGGAAGCAGCUAUGCAAGACAUGAAGUCUGUUCUAGAGAACAAUAACAAGAGGGGUAGUAAUAGUAGUUCUGGAGACAAAGGAGUAUGCGCACAAGCAUCAACUCAAGGCUCUUUGGAAGCAAUGCUAGAGUUUCUGAAGGUUCAAGAUAUUCCGGUCAGCGGAACUGGCAUAGGCCCUAUACAUGAAAAAGAUGUGAGGAACGCCAGUGUGAUAUUGGCAUUUGAUGUCAAAGUGACAAAGGAGGCCCAGAAACUUGCAGAUGAAUUGGGUGUGAAGAUUUUUGUUGGUGAUAUAAUUCAUGAGGUGAUUAAGGCCUAUAUGAAAAACCUCAAGGAGGAAAAGGAGAAGGAGUUAGCUGCUGUGGAAAAGGAAGCUGUCUUUCCAUGUGUGCUCGAGAUUUUACCAGACCAUAUUUUCCACAAGAAAGAUCCAAUUAUUGUGGGGGUUAAAGUUCUUCGAGGCACUGUCAAGGUUGGGACUCCACUUUGUAUCCGUCACCAGAGGGACUUUGUGGUUGUUGGACGCGUUGAGUCGAUUAUGAAUAGCAAUAGAUGUGUUGAUAUUGCCAACAUGGGCGAGGAGGUUUGCAUUAAGAUAGUUGAGACGAAUCUGAAUCAGCAGCAGGUGAAGUUGAAGGGUAAAGAUGAACUUGUCAGCCAUAUCUCAAGGAGGUCGAUUGAUGUACUAAAUUCAUACUACCAGAAUGACCCAUCGGUGGACUGGAAGCUGGUUCAGAAGUUUAAGACUAUAUUCAAGAUACUGUGA